GCCAAGGAGAGUACUUUGUUGUUGCUGCGCCCGGGAAGCUGCCAACGGAAAAAUCGAAAAGCAAUAGAACGCAAAAACCAAACAAAACGGUCGCGAGUGCGCGACGAGCUAACAACAAUUGGCGGAGCCAAAAGUCAAACCGCUAAAAUUUGCAAAGUGAAAAAUCCAAUUGGAAGUGCAGAUGCGAGUCCGAAAUUCGUAUUGAUUUUCUUGUUUGUGUGUGCGCGGGUCCGUGAAAAACGCAACAAAAGCAAAAGCAACCACUUCCAGACUCCCCAAUCAGCCACUUCCUUUUUCUCCACCUAGCGGUAAUCGUCGCCAAUUGGAAGCGCGAUCUUUGCCUUCCAGUGGCAGCAACAACAAAAGCAGUAGAAAAACAACAACAAUGUAGACAAGUGCAAGUGUCGUUGUGCGUAGUUGUAGUUAUUAAACAAGAUAAAGUGGAGGAGAGCGAGAUAGAGACAACAACAAAAGCGAAAGUUUUAUUGCGUGCGCUUGUGUGUGUGUAUGUAUGUGUGCUGUGCGAAAAAUGGUGGAUAAAUAUAGGCAAUAAUAAAUGCAAAUUCAAAUGCAAAUGCAAAUCUUUGCCAAUAAAAAGGGUGUUUCUGCCGCAAUAACUGGAUAAAAUACGUAAAUGCAGGGAGUGGCCGGCUGAGUUGGAUUUUUUCGGCAAAACCUGAAGCUCUGAAAACAGCAGCGACAAAAUGUGGAUACCUUCGAAUAACAAAUACGGAGUCGCCAUCCACAAUUGGCAUGGCGAUGUCCGGUUCGGCUUGGCACUCGACGUCGGCGACUCCGUGGACAUUGUGGAGGAGUGCAAGUUCUGGUACCGCGGCUCCUGUCCCCGAAAGUCCCGGACGGUGGGCCUCUUCCCCAAAACCUACAUACACAUCAAGGACCUGUCCAAAAUCGAUCCCGUGGUCGCCGAGUGCACCCAAGUCCUGCGAGAAUGGUCCGAGAUCUGGAAGCGCCUCUACGUGGAUCGCGAGGCUUACAAGUUCCAAACCCUGCGCAAAGUAAUGUUUUCCAUAUUGGAAAGUCGGAGGGAGCUGCUGAGUGCCACCAUGACCCAGGACCAAACCCUGGAGCUCCAGAUGAUGGUGGUUUCGAAAAUCGACUGGGGUAACCGCAAACUCGGACUGGAUCUGGUGCCCAGGGAGGGACCUCUGGCGGUGGAUCCACAUGGCAUCGGCAUCGUGAAGCUCUACAAUGUCCACGUGAGCAGUGCUGAUAACGCCAAGGCCUCGUCGAGUCGAGGAACUUUGAGGCGGAAGACGCAGCGGAAGAUUCUGACCCACCAUCUCUACUUUUGCAUGCGGGACUUCGGCCAUCGGAUAGGAGGCGAUGAUGCCGAGGUCUACUUUUUCCUCUACGACGGCAGCCACAUGCGACCCUUGUCCGAAAGGUUUCUGGUCAAGAUCUCCAAAGACGGCUUCUCCAACUACAUUGAAAAGUUGCACAGCAACUGCACGGUGUUCACUGAUCUGGGCGCCGCUGAUCUCAACGAGGACCUCCACCUCGUGGCCGUGGUGAUGCGCGUGGGCAAGAUCAUCCAGUCGGACUCGAUCAAGAAGAUCGAGAAGAGCGGCACCUUUGGCCACGGACCCACCUUUCGUCGUCCUUUCGGAGUGGGAGUGCUCUCGCUGGCCGACAUCGCCCACUUCGACAGCAGCCUGGAGCAGUCCUCCGACGAGCGGGAGUACAGCUUCAAGCUGUUCCAGAGCGAGGAGAAGGACUUCCACCUGCUGCCCGAGCUUAUCAUCAAGAAGUCGAGUGGCAAGUACUCGCCCAUCCAGACGAGUCAGGGAACCCAGGGUAUAGUCGUCUCGCUGAAACUCCUCCACGGAGGACUGGGACAGGCUCGUCAGGAGCAGCCGCUGCUCUUCCAGGGAUCGACGAUCACCAGAAAGAUGGGCUUCCCGGACGUUAUCAUGCCCGGGGACGUGCGCAACGACCUCUUCCUGACCUUGGAGCGUGGGGAGUUCGAGCGCGGGGGCAAGAAUACGGGGAAGAACAUCCUGGUGACCGUGGUGGUGCUGGACGUGACGGGCAACGUGCUCACGGACUGCUUGUGGGGAGCCUCCGGGAUGGACUCGCAGCCGCAGUACCGCUCGAUGAUCCUGUACCACCAGAACGCGCCCAGCUGGAACGAGAUGCUGCGCCUGAGCGUUCAGAUCGACAAGUUCGCCACGGCGCACGUGAGGUUCGAGUUCAGGCACUGCUCCACGCGGGACAAGACGGAGCCCAAGCUGUUCGCCUUCAGCUUUGCCCGGCUGAUGGACACAGGAGGAGCCACCUUGGGCGACGGCCAGCACGAGUUGUACGUGUACAAGUGCGAGGAUCCCGCCAAGCUGCAGGCCUCCAACUACCUGCGCCUGCAGUGCCGUCCGAGGGACGCCCAGGCCAAGAUGGACUGCGGCGGCUGCUUCAGCCGCAGCUCCAAGGAGGUGUUCGUGCUGCGCUCCCUGCUCUGCUCCACCAAGCUGACCCAGAACGCGGACCUGCUCUCGCUGCUGCAGUGGCGCACGUACCCGGAAACCAUCCAGGACUCGCUGACGGGUGUGCUGCGGCUGAACGACGAGGAGCUGGUCAAGUUCCUGCAGGACGUCCUCGACGCCCUCUUCGCCAUGUUCUCCAACGAGGAGGGGAACAGCACCCAGCACUCCGGCCUGGUCUUCCACGUCCUGGUGAGCAUCUUCAGCCUGCUGCAGAGCAACAAGUUCCAGCACUUCCGCCCGGUGAUGAACGAGUACAUCGAGAACCACUUCGCGGCCGCCCUGGUGUACAAGGGGCUCAUCACCUCCGUGGAGCACAUGGCCGUGUUCAUGACCAAGGCCGAGCACCCCGAUCCCUUCCAGAAGUGCUUCGGCUCGCUGGAGUACAUAUUCAAGCUGCUCAUCCAGUCGCGGAGGCUCUUCGCGAGGGCCACUGGCGGGCAGUACGAGGACUCGUUCCGCCGGGAUCUCCAUUCCCUGUUCACCGCCCUCAACGGAAUGCUGGCGGUUCCCUCGUACGACGUCAUCAUCCCCACCCAGGAGAUGCUGCUCAACUCCACGGGCGUGGUGCUGGAGCAGCUGAAGGACACGCUCCCCGCACCGGAACUGGGAAUGCUGGCGAGGAACAUGCUGGACGCGAUUCCCCGCGGGGCUCCCAUUCGGUUGAUCCAGGCCAAGUUGCAUGCGGUCAAGGAUCUGGUUUCUGGGGAGCUGUUCCACGAGGAUGAUUCCCGGACUGUGGUUCUUUCCGUGGCCUGCAAGCACCUGAGGAUGCACCUCAGUCGGCGGGACGAACUGCGCCUUUGCGCCGAGAUCCUGUCGGAGAUCCUCAGCCAGCUGUACGACCUGCAGAAGGAGCAGCGCGACAAGGUGACCAACACCCUGCAGCACGACCUGGACUCGCUCUGCAAGAACAUUCUGGGCAUCCUCAUCCGCACCAUCAGCAUCAUAAUGGAGGGAUCCAACGCGGUGCUGCCCCAGCUGGUUUCCUGCCUGCUGGGACUGCUGCAACUGCUGGACGAGACCCACUACAAGCGCUACUGGGACGAGCUGAGUCCCAACAAGGACCCGCGCGAUCUGAAGGAGUUCCUCAGCAAGUCCCUGCUAGUCUACGACGAGCUGCUGACCCAGGACUGGCACGUCUUCCCCAACGACUGGCUGGUGAUGAAGCUGGCCGCCAACGAUGUGCUCCGCAUGUCCUUGGAGGAGUUCGCCAAGCCGCUGGUGUACAGGUUCCUGGGACCGCAGGCCUUCGAUUCGCAGCUGUGGUGGAGCUACUUCAGUCUGGCCGUCUCCUUCCUGACCCAGCCCUCGCUGCAGCUGGAGCAGUACAGGGAGCCCAAGCGCCUGAAGAUCCUCCACUCGCACGGCGACAUGCGGGUGCUCAUGGGCUUCCAGAUCCUCAGCAUGUGGUCGCAGCUGGGCGAGCAGAAGCUGCACUUCAUCCCCUCGAUGGUGGGGCCCUUUCUGGAGGUCACCUUGGUGCCAGAGCCCGCUCUACGAAAGGCUACACUCUCCGUCUUCUACGACAUGAUGCAGUGCGAGCAGGCUGCCCGAGGAUCCUUCCGUUUGGUGGAGAGUGAACUGAUCGAUAAGCUGGACCUUCUCAUCAGCGAAAACAAAGGCGACGACGAAUACAGGGAGCUCUUCAGCACCAUGGAACAUCUCAGCUUGGUCUUGCUGGAGAAAGUGCAGAUGGAGAACCCCAACUGGAAGGAGGCUGGCAUUGCCUUUAUCGCCUCGGUUACCCGACUUCUGGAGCGACUCCUGGAUUAUCGCAGUGUGAUGCAGGGCGAGGAGAACCGGGACAAGCGAAUGACCUGCACCGUGAACCUACUCAACUUUUACAAGAACGAAAUCAAUCGCAAGGAAAUGUAUCUUAGAUACAUUUACAAGCUGCACAACCUGCAUCUCCAGGCGGAGAACUACACUGAGGCGGGAUUCACCCUCAAACUAUAUGCCUCCAUGCUAAGUUGGGAUCGGGAGACCCAGAGCUUCGCCCCCUUCGACAACAGUGGCCAGCCGGAAUGGCAGCGAAAGGAGCGACUUUAUCACGAGAUCCUCAAAUACUUUGACAAGGGAAAGUGCUGGGAGAAGGGCAUUCCCUUGUGCAAGGAACUGGCGCAGCUGUACGAAACCCGUCGCUUUGACUACAACAAGUUGAGUGAAAUACUCAUCCAGGAGGCCAAGUUCUUCCAGAACAUCCUCACCCAACUCCGGCCGGAACCGGAGUACUUCCGAGUGGGAUUCUACGGCAUGGGACUGCCGCUCUUUGUCCGGAACAAGCAGUUUGUCUAUCGGGGAUUGGAGUACGAGCGAAUCGGAGCCUUCACGCAGCGCCUGCAGACGGAGUUCCCCAGCGCACAGAUCCUGGGCAACAACAGUCCGCCGGACAACGCCAUCCUGAACGCACCGGACCAGUUUAUCCAGAUCAGCAACGUGCGGCCGGUGGGCGAUGCGCAGGCCCUGAAAACGGCGAUGGUUCCGGUGCCGGAGAAGAUAGCCAGGUUCUACGAGGUGAACGACGUGACGCGCUUCAUUUACGACCGACCCGUCUACAAGGGAACGGUGGACAAGGACAACGAGUUCAAGUCGCUGUGGAUCGAGCGCACCAUCCUGGAGAUCGCCAGUCCGCUGCCGGGCAUCCUGCGCUGGUACGAGGUCAAGCAGAAGACCAUGCAGGAGCUGGCGCCGGUGGAGUACGCCUGCGAGAUCAUCAGCAACGCGGGCAAGGAGCUCUCCGAGCUGAUCGUCCAGUACAAGCGCGACCCGAAGCGCAACAUCAACCCCUUCUCGAUGCGGCUGCAGGGCACCAUCGACGCCAACGUGAUGGGUGGCAUCAGCAAGUACCAGGAGGCCUUCUUCUCCGAGCAGUUCCUCAAGUCGCCGCAGGGCGCCGGCCAGCAGGCGAACGUGCAGCGGCUGAAGACGCUCAUCCUGGAGCAGAUCCAGAUCCUGGAGCAGGCCCUCGAGCUCCACGGCCAGCUGGCCCCGAGUGGAGUCCAGCCCCUGCACAACCGCCUCCUGGAGCGCUUCUCCCAGCUCAAGCAGAGCCUCUCCGGAAUGGGCAGGCUGAAGAGGCAGCACUCGGAGAGCAUUGUGAACACCCCGCUUCCUCCCUUGCCCACGGAGCAGCGGGUGGCGCAGGCCUCCACCUCCUCCGGCCUGGGUGCCAGCUCCGCCACGCACUCCACAGCGCACUCCAACUACGUGUACGACCUGGAUGAGAUCUACACGAGACCCGGCGACACCCCGCGGCCCGUCGACCCACUGAGCUCCUACCAAACGCUGAGCAAGGAGAGCCUCAGCAUUCCGCUGGAGGAAGCCGCCGCUCCGCCGGUGCCCAACCGCCCGCGCUCGCAGAACUUCGUGGGCAACGGGGCCAUGGACAGUCCGGAGGUGCCUCCGAAAAGGCAGCCCACUAUUAACUCCCCCAAUGCUCCGCCGCUGCCUCCGAGGGGAAUCACUCCCGACAAGCGGGCCUCCAACCCGCUGAUCUUCAACGACUUCGGAGGCGACUCCGUGGGCCGCCGCCACUCGCAGCAGCAGCAGCAGCAGCACGGCCAGAAGUACUCCGUGGUGGACAUCAGCUACGACGACCCGGAGGCCGACCAGCAGCCGCACUCGCUGCCUCCGAGCUUCCAGGACGGCCACCUGAGUGUCUGCUUCGCGCCCAACGACUUCCGGGACUCGGGCAUCUCGACCACCAGCUCCCGCGAGCUGAACCACAUGAAUCUCAACAACCUGAGCGAGGACUCCUCCUCCAUCUCGGCCAUCACGGUGCAGCACCGGGAGCACUGUAGGAUUAGCAGCAAUGGCAGCCUGGACUACAACGCCAGCGCCUCGAUGAACAUUACGCAGCGCGAGAGCUCGACGAGCUCCUUCGACGUGGAGGACUUCCCGGUGCCGCCGCCGCCCAUUCCACCCAAGUCCCUGGCCGUGUCCAGCAACGGGGUCGACGAGACGCACUCACCACACAGCACACAACUCAGUUACCAACACCCGAAUCAGAAUCUAAACCAAAAUCAGAACCAGACUCAGAAUCAGAAUCAGAAUCAGAAUCAGAAUCAUUCCACAAACAGUCAUCUUCAUCUCGCCCAGCAGCAGCAGCAGCAGAAUGGCGAUGGCGAUGGCUACAGCUCGCUGCAGCACCAGGUCAACGGACUGGGACUGGGAGCGGGAUCGGGCAAUCCCGCAGCUGCGCAGCCUGCUGCUGCUGAGGCGCCACUGCCAGCCAUUGCCAGUCAUUCAUCCUCAUCUGGUCACCCGCACGAUGGCGGCACUUUUUGAGUUACAAUAUGUCGCUGCCAUCACCCACCCGACCAGCCCCAUCAGCCACACAAGCCAUCCUCGUCCACGUCCACGUCCUCGGGCAGCACGGCCACGGACACGGGCUCCGAGACCACGGACUGCAGCUCCUCCAGCCACUCGAUGACCCCGCCGCCGCCGCCUCCGCCGCCGCCCUCCUUCAGUUCCAGCCAGUUCCACCAGCAGGCGGCGGCGGCUGCCGCGGCCCACUACUGCCAGGACUGCCUCUCCUCGCCCUCGCCGCCGCCCACGAUCAUCACGGAGCAGGCGCAGGUGCACGCCACGCCGGGAUUGGCUGCUGGGCAGCCCCACAUCGAGCACUGCUCCUGCGGCCUGAGCUUCCCGGUGGGGCAGGAGCAGCCGGAGGAGCUCAGGCAGCUCUCCGGGAGGCUCUCGGGCGGGGGGAUUCCAGGUGGAGCAGAUGGAGCAGGCGGAGCAGGUGUCCGGCUGCCAGCACCACCACCACCACCAGCAGAGUGUCCUCUACUAUCCGACGGCGGGCAGCCAGGAUGCACAUGCUCAGACGGACUUCUCCUAUGCGCAGCGAUAGAGCAUCCGUAGACUGUAGACCGUAGACCCAUAGACCAAAAGCAGAGUGAGAUCGAAUUUCGCUAGUUAGUUUAUGUUUACCAAUGGCUUUUGAAAUGCUCCCCACUUCUACUCUAAUUAUUUUCGGUGCCAAAUUUAUGCUGCAGAGCCCAAAGCGCAAGACAAACAAGUGUUGUAAUCUAUAGGUUGCUUAUACAAUUAUUAGUUUUAAUAUUAUUUAUAUUCGUACGGGAAUUGUCGCUAAAGUUACUAAGCAGAAUAAUAAGCUAAGAGAAUAAAGAUCGCAGUUUUGUAACGAACGAGAA